AUGGCGGGAUCCGACAGCUCCGAGGAGGACGAGCCUAUCGCGGCGCCGCAAGCGGCCCCUACUCCACCUAAGGCGUGGAUGGACGAAGAUGCCGACGAAGAGGAGGAGGACGCCGAUCUGAGCCAAUUACAGCGCCAGCGCACGCCUAAAUUCAAGCGCUGCGUGGCUGCUGUGGAGAAGGACCAAUGGAACACCGACGCGUGGAUCGCACUCAUGAACGAGGUGCAGCUGCUGCCAAUUGCUGAAGCCCGCGAACACUACGAGGCGUUUUUGAAGCUAUUCCCCACCUCUGGAAGAUGGUGGAAGCUCUACGCUGAGCACGAGUUACGAGAGAAACAGUACGACCGAGUGCAGGAGAUCAUAAAGAAGUCGCUUAUGCAGCUGCGCUGUCCCAAUGUGGACCUGUGGCGCUUUUAUUUGGACUUCACUAAGGUCGUCAAGCUGGAUGUGGCUGUGGACUCGAAGGACGCAGCAGCUAUUGCUACGGCCAGACAACUCAUGGUGGACGCCUUUGAGCUGGCUGUCGAGAGAGUAGGCGGCUCUAUCCAUGCAGCGCCUAUCUGGCAAAUGUACUUGCUUUUCGUACAGGAGGAACAGGACCCGCAGGCCUUCCUGAACGUAAGGAAGCUCUACCAUCGCAUGGUCAUGGUGCCACUCAACGGUAUGGAGACCAUCUGGAGAGACUACGAGAAGUUUGAAAGGGCUAUUCCCAAUAACGAAGCGCUGGCACAGAAUUUCUUCAAGGUCUUCAGACCCAAAUUUGAUGCUGCCCGCGCAGUGCUACGAGAUCGUAAAAAGUUGUACGACCAGGUCAACUCGAACACGCUGGCAGUGCCCGCGACAAGCUCAAGAGCUGAUGCUGCGGAUAUGGCCAACUGGCAGAAUAUUCUCGCGCUGGAAAUGGGAAACCCCGAGCGAUUGGACGCGCUACGCCUUAAGUCGCGCAUGCGCUACACGCUCGAGCUCUUUGUGAGUGUGAAAAGGCAUUACCCCGAGGCGUGGUACCAGUACGCGUCGUACGAGAACCAGGCGAACGAUCCAGAUGCAGCAACUGGCGUGUUUGAACGCGCGAUUGAAGCUCUCCCCGACUCGAGCUACCUGCACUUUGCGUUUGCUGACCACCACGAACUUCGUGGGGAUAUUCCAGCUGCCAAGGCCAUUUACGAAAAGCUGCUCAAGGAUCACGCGUCGGCACUUGCAUAUGUCACGUACCAGCGCUUUGCUCGCCGUGUGUACGGGGCCAAGGGGCUAGCUGAGGCUCGCACAAUCUUCAAAAGAGCACGCAAAGACGAGCGUGAGGGAGCGUGCACAUACCACGUAUUCGCAGCUUCAGCUCUGUUGGAGUUCUACAGCGACAGUUCGGAAGCCGGUAAGGAUAUUGCACUCAAGAUCUUCGAGCUGGGCUUGAAGAAGUGUAUCCAAGAGCCUGCCUACGUACUGUGCUAUCUUGAUUUUCUUGGCCAUCUUAACGAUGACAACAAUAUGCGAUCUUUGUUUGAAAAGGUGUUGUCGGUCAUGCCUUCGGAAGUAUCACGUCCUAUCUGGGACCGAUACGUUGAGUUUGAGCACACGAUGGUAGCCAGUGGUGGUGAUCUUGCCACUGUAGCAAAAGUGGAAGCUCGGCGGGCUAUGGCGUUCCCGGACGAGUCUUUCGUGGAGAUGAAAGGUCUGCUGAGUAUUGCCCACCGGUAUUCAUUCUUGGAUUUGCGGCCACCAACGAGUUGUGAUCAGAGUUUCCUCGACAUGUAUCGCUCCUCUCGAAGUGAAUUGCCGGGAGUCAAUCGUGAUGAAGGUGACGAUGGAGAAGGAAUGGGAGGCUCAGCAGGAUUCGGGCUUGAGAUGGAAAGACAAAUUCCUGGUCCUCCGCUGCCUGAUUUCUUGAAGGAGUUUGCGGGGAUGCUGCCGUUGAACCUGCCCUGGAACGGGCCGAUAGCCGACGUGGAGCAUAUCUUCCGUGCGAUGCUGCUGGUCGAUUUCCCUCCUCGAUCACGCAUUGAGCAGAUGGCGCAACAACAACAGCAGCAGAUGCAGCAACAACUAGCGCUUCAGCAUCAACAGCAGCUCCAACAACAAGCGGCAGAGGCCGAAAAGAACAGUGGGCUUGGCGACGACGACGGCGCCUCUGGAGUGGUAAGCAAGCGACCGGCUCACGAUAUCUUCCGCUCGCGUCAGAAGCAAAAACUGUCGAAACUCGGAUAG